GCUCAAUCGCCCAAGGAACAAGCCGUGGCUGUUGUGCUUGCUUUUCCCUCGACUGCGUUCGCAUGUCUUGUCUCGGACCUGCACUACUUACUGUUGUACGGAGUACCUUUGGGCUUGCUCUAUCCGUACGCAGACCUAGGUACUUCGUAGAGUACGGCGCAUCAAGGAUCAUCCCGAGUUUUUUUCAUUCGCAAGCUCUCAAACAGGGGAAUGCGACGAAGUUCAAUGGCCAGGAAGUAGAAUCUGGCCCGAGUUGCCAAUUAAAAGGCAAUUGCUGAUUGAAGCUUUAGUGGCAUUGACUACCUUGCCAUGACGGCAAGGAACCGACCACCGAUAAAUUAACCUCGACUUGAAUCUUCUGGAAAAAAGGGUUGUCUACAACUACGUAGGCACGAGGUACGU